UUUCACACGUCCUUUUGUCUAGGAUACUGCAUCCUGAAUGGUGGAGCCCUAACGGUGCUGCUGCACCACGAAUAGAUUACUCAUGCUGAGGCGAUCGUUGCCUGGAGAUCCGAGAAGAAGCAUAGAAGAAUCUCAUCUCAUUAAUUGCUCGCCUUACAACCCAUGUUGGCUUCAGAAUUCGGUUUAUUUUUUCCUUCAGAAAGCCGUGGAACUGUCGGUCCGCAAGCUUCAGCCUCCAGGCACUCGGCAUGGAUCGUCUGAUGCAUGAUCGUACGGUUCCAGGUUCAUUAGAACGUAUUCACAGUUGCAGGUAAAAAAAUCGUCUUCCAGUAAGUCCGCAAGUGUUGACUGAGAGAUUGAUUCCGUGGCUCAGAACUUGAAAACAAAAAUAGGCUAGUGCUUCAAGAUCAUGUGCAUUGGCAUACGAGUAGCAUGGAGAGUCGUCUCAAAAGGCUCAGCUGUAGCUGUAUUGUACCCCCUCCUUACCAAUGAGUGACCUCCAAUCCAAGCACAAGAAACUCUGCAAGCCCUGCCAUUCCCAAAACUCUCCCCAAAAAGAAGCUGUAGGUCCACCCCACCCCUCUGCGCGCGCGCGCGCGCACACACACACCCAACUCUUUCACAUCUCUGCAGCAAACAAGGCCAAGACUCUGCAAGCAUCAAGCAGUGGAAGGAGCAUUACACAGUAAACAAGAGUAAGUGCAACGUCCACGCACACAGGUAUAGGAGAGAUGGAUGGGAGCAGCAAAUACAGAUCAAAGGGCUAUGCAAUGGCCAAUGCCGGCAGGAAGCUCCCCUACGUCUUCCUGCUGCUGGUGGCCCUUGCAGCUGGCGUGUUGAGCGUCGUCGUCCUGCAGAAGGUGAGGGAGCAGCGCGUCUUUGCUCGGCGUCUCCAGGAACGUGACCGCCAGCUUGUCACCCUGCGGAUCCUUCUCCAGAAAGAAAAGGCAUUUAACAAAGAGAUGAAGAGGAAGGUGGAAGAAAUGAAAGCAACAACAUCUUCACUUAGAACUCAGAAGACUGACCAGAAAACCAAACUCAAGGGACUGGAAACAACAGUUGCAGAUCUUAAGAAGACUCAAAAAGAUCUGGAAGUAGCUCUCGCUGAAAAAGAUAACCGCAUUAAUCUAAUGGAAGAGGCAGCCACAAACCUUGAGAAGUCUAAAAAACAAUUGGAGGCGACACUCACAGAGAAAGACAGACACAUCAAACAAAUGGAAGAGAAGAACAAAAGCGCUACCAACACUCAAAAAGAAUUGGAAGCAGUUCUCUCCGAGAAAGACCGUCGCAUCAGACAAAUGGAAGAGAAAGCCACCGGUUCAAACCCUGACCAGAUGGCAGCUCUGAUGGAAAUCCUGCAACGGAAGGAAGCCGAACUCGAAGAGAUCAAGACCAGGUUCCAAGAUUUCAAGAAACCAGACAGAGUCGAGGUGAAUAACAAAAGCACUCCCAUGCAAAUGAACAAUGCAAGCGCAACACCAGACGUCAUGAUAGUCACAAAGGCUACAAACUCGAGCAGUGUGGCUGUUCCCAUCAAGUCUGAAGAAAAGGGACCUGCCAAUUCCACAGCAAUGGGAAAUGCCAAACCUGAAGAAAAUAGACUUGCCAAUACCACCGUAGCAGAAAGUAAGCGCCCAAAGCAGAGAUCUUUAGAAGAAAAGGCGGUGAAGUCCGCAUCUAGUAUGGAAGAUGAUGGCAUACGAGGAAACUUAAAUGGUUUUUACGACGAUAUAUAUUUUGAUGAUAUUUAUGCAGAAAAUCGCUCGAAAAAAUCUGGAUCCUCUCGGAGGAACAAGGAGUUUCCAAGCAACAAAAUGGAUGGCAUUGGACAGCCUGCGAACUCCCUAGAUCAGGACAGUGAUAGGGUUCGAUAUAAUAGACUGCUGGAGAAGGAACAUACUAAAGUCGCCAACAAAACCAAGAACAACACUCAGGGUGCCCUGGAGAAGAUCUCCAAAGAUAGCUCAAUUGCUGCCGGCCAUGCUGCAUCCAAAAAGGCAGUGGAAGGGAUGACCGGUGCUGCUGGUGUGAAGCCCAACAUUAAGAUAGGAGUUAACAGUGACGAGGCUAAACAGCAAAACAGCAAGCAGAAAAGGAAAAGGUCCAAGUCCAAAUCCGCGAAGAUGGCCGAUAUUGCAGCUGCUAAAGUUGGGGGUGCACUCGCUAAGCAAAGGACACUGGAUGCCACAUCAGUCUCAAAGUAAGUUUUCAGACUUACAAAAGGCUGAAGAGAAACCUCUUGGAUUAUUGGGUAAUGGAUAAGAAGAGCAAUCCUUUUUAUAUGUUCAAACACAAUGGGCAGAAUGAAGGCAGAAUUCAUUGCGUACGGAAAUUGAAGGCAGGUAGUAGCUGAGAAGAUACAGGGGUCGAUUUUGGGUUAUAGCAGCGAAUGACUUUAUUUCUACCAAAAAUACUGCAUGCGAGUUGCUUUUGUUUUGUUCUGCAAAAGCAUUUUUGAAUCUAGUUCUUCACAAUUUAUUGCAACAGUGUUCCAAUUUCUCUCCUCAACAUUGUAAACUCAUGCUGCACACCACCGUGAAAUGCAAUGUUUGGUUACAUGGCCAGAUUCUGGCCUGGCCAGGCCCUA